AUGUUCAUCAGGUGGAUUCUUCUCUUCUUUUCAUCUCAACCGAACAAAUCAACAACAAGCCUUGAGGAAUUAGAUGAUAAUGCCUUACCUCAUGAUGAUGAUGACAAUUCAUCAAUUCAACAAGAUUCUAAUACUCCCCCUCUCCAUCAUUCCCCAAAAGAUUGUAUCCUGUUUUUAGAUCAAGUGAAAGCACAUUUACAAACAAGCAUUAUGAAUGAAUUCUUUUCGUCUCCGAUCGGAGGCGAUGAAUGGCCAUGGAACCAACAAAACCAACAUCAUCUCAUGAGAGCGGUAGUAAGUGUGGUCCAGGUGUUUUGCUUGGCCAAUAUGAUGAGCCGCAUCCUUUCCUCGUGCUUGUGCAACAACAACAGCACGAUGGAUAAAGUUUUGGAUGAAGUAGAGCACACGUUUUCUGACCUUGUGAUUGCCAGAUGUGUUCAACAGAUCAAAACUCCUGGUGUGCUUCAUCUCCCAGAUCCUUUGUGGACCCGACGACGAAUGGAGUACUUUUCAUCACCUCCACUCAUGGUCACUGGUCAUAAUCAUUUAGAGGAUGUUCUAAGGAGUAUUCGAAUUGAGUAUGAAAAUAAUACGACCGGUCAACAAUUCUCACCGUGCUCACUGCUUUUCGAUUCUCUCUCACAAGGUUUGUUAAGCCUCUCUUCCUUCAAACCAAUAUUCGAACAUCUUGGAUCGAAUCGUAUUGAGGAGAUUUGGUUGCAAUAUUGUAAUGCAUGUUUUGAUUUACUGGUUUCCAAUGUAAGAAAUUCUACAUCGCCCGUGCUUCUCAAAAGAGAGCUUGAAGAAAAGAUGUUGUGCAAAAGUAGCUGCAUCGAAGGUACAAUGAAUAGGUUCAUCUAUGAAGAGCUUUUAGAUGAUUUGCCAUGCUUCGUGAAACUUGAUAUGGAGCUGAACGUUUAA